AUGGCCGCAUACAAUAGUAACGCAUACAACAGGACCAAAAGACGAGCCAGGUCAUCUCUGGCGGGUGCUCUGGAGUCGGAACGUCUUGAAUGGGUCGAAGAUGAGCGUCUCGAAUCCGGCCCGUCGUCUAACCGACGGCCCCCAGCCCAAGUGGCCCCAGUGCGGAGCCAGCUCGACACUGCUCCAUCUCCUGAUAUAUUGCCUCCGCGCCAUGGCUCCAUCGCCGGUAUUGGGGUUGGUGUGACUUCUCCUUCUAAUAAUCGUCGCAGCUGGGCAGGCCCUGUUUCGGAAUCAGCAUCGCCGUCGGGCUCUGGUACUCCAGGGACCGCAACAUCGUACGCUUCUUUGAAGAGAUUUCCCGGUGAAUCAUCAGAACCGUCUGCUACUCGCAGGGCUUCGGACAAUUCGGAUCAAAUCUCGAUCGGAAAGAAAAAAAUAGUAGACCGAAAUAAACUCGACAAUAACGAGAUGCCGGUGUUACCGAAGCGUACUAUACAAAUUCAGUUGCCGGAGAAGCCUCCGAGGGAACCCACCCACCAUCACAAGCCAUCGCAGAGCAAGAGCGCCAUGGCUGCGAUGAUGUCGGGAUUUGAUUUGAAAGUCAGCCUCCCAAGUUUUGCCAGAGGAAGGACGCCCUCGCGACAGAACUCGUCCCGGGGGCGUCACUCGACUCUCGGGUUCCCCAGCGACGUGCUCGGUCCGGCUCUCAGAAUCGCUGGCUCGGCUCCAUGUGACCUCGCCCCUAAGGAGAGCGAAUCUCCAGAACCGGACAUUAACACUGCUACAUCGUCCACUGGGGAUGAGCGCUUAGCCAAAGAUUUGUAUGAUAGCGAGAACAACCCAAUGGACAGCAGCGAAGAUGAACCCGAUGAGUCAUCGUCGAGUGAUGAUGACAGCGACGGUGAGAUCGAGCGUGGCCGAAAGAAGGCUCCGAACGCAAGCGAUCAAGCGCCUUCUCUAGGCCAGGUAGAUGGUGCUACGGAUGAGCGCGACCAGGUGAUUGAGGAGAAGUUAAAGGCAACGUCUCUCUCAGAUCAGAAGCCCACUCUGGUGCACUCCGCAAAGCAGGGCCCGCAUAUGCUUGAUGUUCAUCCUCGGACGAGCUUUGAUCCUGGCUCCGCCCUCAGUACGCCAUUUGGAUCCGAUGACGAAGCGGAAUUGUCAGAUAUCAAGCGAGCUCAGAAACUCACCAUGCAAUUGUCCGCUAUUGAUACUUCAGUCCCCAACAGAUCGAUUAGAACCAUCAUUCGAGGCGAUUUUGCCCGACUACAGGAAGAGAGCGAGGGCGGACGUCACCGGCAACGCAAGUAUCUAGUUGCCACUGACCUCAGCGAAGAGUCUGUUUACGCCCUGGAGUGGACAAUCGGCACCAUUCUCAGGGAUGGGGACACCAUGUUUGCUGUCUGUGCAGUUAACGAGGAGCUGGGCAUUCCCUUCGGGUCGUCGGUACAAAUCGGAGAGGGCGCCCAAGCAAUGCAGGACGCGGCAGCAAUUGUUGGUUCCCAGACGGAAGAAACAGUCUCUAAGUCACAGAAUGAUUCGAUCACCAGUAACUUGCCUCGUGCGUUGUUGGGUCGCCUAGGACAGGGCACGGACAGUAAACCAAGCUCUGUCGAUGCCCGGGGUGUGCCCAAAGGCCAACAAGAGAGAAACCGUGCGGUGGAGAUUAUUUCGCAAACCUGUGUCCGUUUGCUCAGAAAGACCCUUUUGCAAGUCCGAGUUGCCGUCGAGGUGAUUCAUUGCAAGAGCCCGAAACAUAUGAUCACGGAAGCUAUUGACGGUCUCGAGCCUACACUUGUUAUUGUGGGAGCUAGGGGCCGAAGUGCUCUGAAAGGUGUUCUCCUUGGAUCGUUCUCCAAUUAUUUGGUCAUGAACUCGUCUGUCCCGGUCAUGGUGGCACGCAAGAAAUUACGAAAGCAGACCAAGAACAAGAAGACAAAUGUUCGCCUUUCCAAUAAUCUUGCAACACCAAAGAAGCUAGCUUUUGCAAAGGUCGACUAG